UUCCGACCAGACGUUUGCGGCAUGCUCGAUCGUAGCAGCGCUGUCAAACCGGCUGUGUGUGUUUACAACGGCGCCGAAAACAGGAAUCGAAAUGCUUCGGCCAGAAGUGAUAGAAAAACUGGACUGUCCGUCCGUUGGACUGGCUACAUCCUGGACUAUAUCGCGGCGCAAUCUGGCAUUCGAUAAUCUGGAAGCAGCGAGAACGCUUUUCGAGCGCAAAUAUUGGCCCUUCCCCAAAGGGAAGAUUGCGAAGAGCAACAGCAAGGCGGCCGGUCUCCGCGAGCAAGGAAAUGCGGCGUACAAGAAGGAUCCGAACGACCCGGGAAAAGCGCUGCAGCUGUACAAUCAGAGCAUCUGCAUGGCCCCGGAUGGAUCCAAAGAUUUGGGGCUAGGUUACGCGAACCGGUCCGCCGUUUACUUCAACAGCAAGCAGUACCGUGAGUGUUUGCAAAAUAUUGCACUGGCCCGGCGUCAUAACUACCCGGCGGAUAUGAUGCCAAAGCUGCUGCAACGAGAAGAACGCUGCAAGCAACUGAUGAUGGAAGCCGAUGGCGGUGAAAGUGCCACGGUGGAUCAGAGCACGACACGGCAUUGUGCGAUUAAAUCAUGUCUAGAGCUUUGCAAGGACGGGAAAGGAAUUUGCACAAACCGUGGGUUGGAUGUGGGCGAAAAGGUACUUGUGGAAAAGCCGUACGUGCUGGUGCUAGAGUCAGAAUUCGCCUACGAACGGUGUGAUUACUGUGGCGAGAGCAACGCACACAACCUGCUACCUUGCCGCGACUGUACCGCUGUGAUGUACUGUAGCGAGGAAUGCCGGGAACAGUCGCUUCAGCGCUACCACCAGUUCGAGUGCGAAAUCGUAGACGAUUUGCAGUUGCUUUUCCGCGGUCCGAAGGUUACACGAAUGUUUCACGUAAUUUUGCGACUGUUCUGGCACGCCGUGCUACUUUUCCUCGAGGACACCGACGGUUUCCUGAAGCGAAUCGAAACACCGUCCGAGUUGGAAAAGUAUCGCGACCCAUUCACACUGGAACCGUCCGACUAUGUGCUACACUUGAACGCCACUUGUGUGGAAACGUGGAAACCGAAUGAAGAGCAAGCCCAGACGGGAAAGUGCGUAGCGCAAGUAAUGGCCGUACUGAUGUACGUCCUCGCGGUAGAGGAAAACACAUCGCUUUCGUCACGACUAGAGGGAAAAGCGGGCAAAAAGAAGCUGUUGGAUUUGCUGUACCGAUUGAUUCAGAACAUGGGUAGUCUGGCCAAUGAAGAUGUGAAAUAUGCGACGUGCUUUUUCCCUUUCGCCAGCUUGCUGCAGAGCUCGGAUAGUCCAAAUGCGGAACAAUUACUACAGAACCUGCAGUCGGUGGUGGUGCUGAAGUGUCCGGUCGCCGAGGGACAGCAGAUAACCGUCGCCAAAAAGAAAAUGUAGAUACGGACGGUCAUGGACGUGCGCGAAGGAAGAAGAAUUUGUGAGUUCCCUUUCUUUAUUGCCCUUAGUCCCUUUACUAUAGAUAUUAUUGCUUUCUACGAUUUUCAUGAGCUCGCGACACUUCACUCAACUGAAUUAAAUAAUGUAUUAAACCGAA